AUCAGAAGUGUUUUUCCAUGAACAUAUCAGCUACUUCAUGAAGAGUUAAUUUCAUAAUAAAUGCUGUCUAAAAAGAAGAAGAAAAAUCCUACUUCAUUCAUUAAUUUCCCUUGACAAAUGACGAUAAUUAAUUGCGACGAGAAGCGUGGUGGCGCAAAACGCGAUAACAGAAAUUCAUCUCCUGAUUCCGAAUCUCCGAUGCCGGAAAGCCAACAGAAUCAACACCCCAAAUCUCCAGUAGUGGAGAGCAAGAAAGUGUUUAUAGAGAACAGCUAUGGCGAGAAGCUAGUCGGGAUACUGCACGAAACGGGGUCGAGUGAGCUCGUAGUUAUAUGCCAUGGAUUCCGGUCCACAAAGGAUCGCAUUCCCAUGGCGAACCUUGCUCUCGCCUUCGAGAGGGAGGGAAUCAGCGCCUUCCGCUUUGAUUUUGCUGGCAACGGGGAAAGCGAAGGUUCGUUUCAAUAUGGCAAUUACCGUAGAGAGGCUGAAGAUCUACGUGCUGUAGUCGAGCACUUCAAGGCUAACCAACGUUGCAUAGUGGCCGUUGUUGGCCAUAGUAAAGGAGGGAAUGUCGUUCUCUUGUACGCCUCAAAGUACAACGACGUUCAAACAGUCGUCAACAUAGCCGGCCGCUUUGAUCUGAGGCGAGGCAUCGAGGGCCGCCUGGGGAAAGACUUCCAAGAGAAGAUCAAGCAAUACGGAUUCAUCGACGUGAGAAAUAGAAGAGGGAAAACUGAGUAUCGGGUGACGGAGGCGAGCUUGAAGGACCGCCUGGAGACGGACCCUCGUGCUGCGUGUCGAUCCAUCCCUCCGAACUGCAGCGUUCUAACGGUUCACGGCACGUUAGACGAGAUGGUUCCGGUAGACGACGCAACGGAAUUCGACAAGAACAUCCGAAAUCACGAUCUAUGUAUAGUCGAAGGAGCUGAUCAUGAGUUCACCAAGCAUCAAGCUCUGCUCAACGACGUCGUGUUGCGUUUCGUGUCGACGCGUCUGCGUAAAAACGAGGCGGCCGCGCGUCCGACUCCCCGGCUCUAAUUCUCUGCAUAUAUGUAACAUUACAAAAUUUGAUGUUUCAAACAAUCUAUUCAUACAAUUUCUUGAAAUAAUAAAGUUGAUAAUUUCCUCAA